UAAAGCUCAUCUUUCUUCAUUCAAUUGUUGAGACGUCGAAAUGUUACCAGUGGGUAUAAAACAUUUAAACUAUUUAUAUCACUAGGCGUGCAUCGUUAAAAAUAUACAUUCUAAAUAUACGUCAGGUCUCAUUAGAACGCUGUGAGUUUCGCGUUGUUUCCGAACGGGAUACCACCGAGUCGAAAUAUUGUUUUUUUUUUUAUAAUGUUCAAAUAAAUAAUAUGAAUUUGUUACAAAUAAAAAACGAAUUAUCGAAAACGACGCGUAUCGUACGUGAGUUUUAAUUGUUUUAAAAGUGAUUUUAUUGUGAUGUCUCAGGAAUCUCAAUUAAAAAAAAGUCAAAGGACGGAUUUCUCCAAUCCGAUGACGCCGUUGGUAUUGAGAGAAAGAAGUUUCGUGCGACCGAAUAAAGACGCUCAAAAACGUCGUAGUCAAACUAUGUUAGCCAUGAAAGGAAAACCGACUAUGGAAAUAUACCGACCCCCCAAUGUACGAACCGACGUCCCCCUGACAGGUAAAUUAAACGUACACGCUAAAGAAUUCACGAUGAAUCAUGAACUACAAGCCUCAAAAUCGAGUGGUAACCUCAAUUUAGCCAUGACGUACGAACCGAUGCCUUUACAACAUUCAAAAUCGAGCGGGAAUAUACUACGACAUAUCAACCACCCCGGUUUAAUUCCAAUUAUACCAGGAGUGGCUUUACCUUUACUACAUUCAGCUUCUUCGACUCACAUAUUAAACAUGCACAGACCUAAUUACCAGUAUCAUCCCGAAUUGAUGGCUCACCAUCCGGUUUUUACCGGUUUGAAUCAGAUCUACCAUCCCGCUUGGACGGGGAACGUCCAAACGAGACAAACCAGCCCGAAACCUUCUUCACUAAAACGUUCUAAAAGUUUGGGAUCCACUGAUUCGAGAACUUUAGCUACUAAACUGAAAGACAUUGCUAAAGAAGACGUAGAUCUAACGAUGUUCCCACCGGAAGACCAACCGCAACUAAAAACGGCUUUAGAAGAUCCAUCGCAAGUACCAACGAGAACCUUAAUGGAUUUAGUGAAAAUAAUACUAGAAAAAGUUGUUGAAGGUAUGAAAUACAGUGAAUCAAUAGCAAAACUUUGUUUGACGAUCAUAGAAAACGAGAAAAAUCAAACUUUCCUCGAAUCGUUGUUGAAUACGUGUCAACAAUGGUACCAAGAAAGAGAGAAGAUUCUACGAGGGAUAAAAGCCGGUGACGGUACGAGGUUCACGGCGUUUAUGUGGUUUCUAACUGAAAUGUGCGGACAAUUGAAAAGGCAUCAUUUAAAAGAUCAGUUCGAAACUUUGCAACCGGAAUUAGUGCUGCUUUCGAUACUAGCGAAAUGUUGUCAGGCGUGCGUGGAACUACCUAUCAAGUGCCUUUCCGAAACGGAAUGUUUGUUUUUCGUGUUAACGUCCAUCGGGAGGGAUCUCGAAAGUGAAUUACCCCAACAAUUAGAUCAACUUUUGGCGAGCGUUAGAGAUGGGUUUUUGGCUAGUGCCGGUUCUGUUGCCGUGAGACGUACGUUGUUGCAACUUAUCGAACUACACGCCUCCAAUUGGCAGUUACCGGGAUCUUCCGUUUUAUAUUAUUACCCGAGAAUUAAAUGAUGUUUUUUUACAGUGUACUGUGUACGUGAUAGUUUUUUACGUGUUUCGUUUUAUAUAAGGUGAUUCAUUCAAAUUUAUAGCAACUAUGAACUAAAUUAUUAGCUGAAUAUUUUUUUACAUUUCAUUAAUAUAAAUACUAAUUUGAAAAUCUGGCAACGUUGUUCAAAUUUGUUUCAUUGCAGUUGUAUUGACAAUGUUUCAGAAUCGAUUUGAAUUCAAUCAUUACUUAAAACUCUCUAUUAUAUCUAUUUACGAAUUAAUAAUCGAUUUAUUGAAAAAAAAAUUGAAAUCAUUUAUUAUUGUUUUAAAAAAAUUAAAAUUGUUUUCAAUUCUUGUGAUUCAAGUGAAAAAUCGAUUCAUAUAAUCAUUCGGAUCCUAUGGAAUCGUUAAAAAUAACCAAGGGAAUAUAGAAUCGUGCAUAGUCGUGCAAAAUCGUUAAUCUAUUUAAAAUGGAGGUCCCUUAAACUACUAAUACCAAAACUUUUUGUUUUUAAUACAUAAACUCCGUGAUUUAAUCUUUAACAAAAAUGCAAUUAAAGAUUUGAAUUAAUAAUUCGAUAUUAGGUAAUAAUAUACCGAUUAACGUGUUUUAUUUGAAAACAUCGCUCAAAUUCUUAUUUCAGUUUUUGUGUUGUUUUUAGUUUGGCCGAUAGAUGGCUCAACUUGUAGAUUUUAUAUCUGCUGAUAAAAAUAGCUGAAAAAUGAAAUAAACACCGUUUCAUUAUAUUUGAUUUAAUAAUCGACUAUCUAUUAAUUAAAUUAACAAACAAAGAACUAAAAUUCAUAAGUAAAAGUUUGAUUAUAUUCAUAUUCAUUAUAAUAAUUCAUUUAUUAUAAUUUUGAAAUUUCUAAACUUUUUAUUUGUUAAUUUAUUAGAGAUUUAAUCAAAACAUGAGAAAUAUAUUAUAUGUUUCGCUGUUUUUUUAUGCAUCUUUUCAUUUAUUAGUACAAAAUGCACUUUUAUAUAGUGCAGUAGAGCCAUCUAUCGACGAAACUAACAAAUCCAUUUUCCAAUUAAUCAAAGAAACAUUAAAUUUUCUUGAGAUUUUCAAAAUAAAAAGGUCUUAUAGUUUUCAAAGUGAUGCCAAGGUCGUUUCAAACCAUUUUCAAAAAUCAGAUCUCUUUUAGUUGGAAUUUUUUUUAAAUGUCUAUAGUUUAGAAUUAACAUUGAAAAUGUGAGGUUAAGAUGCAUUCGUAAAUAUUAAUCAUGUUUAAGGACCUAAAAAAUAAAAAUUCGCCCAAUUAAGAAGAAACUAUACUUGAUUUACUAAUAAUAAGUUGAUUUAUAACUUAUGACGAGUUGGAAAAUUUAAUGAAUCUAUUCCUGAACCAAUGAAUAUGUUGUUAAACAUAAUUUUAAAGUUUUAAUGAUAUUAGAAACUUUUCUGACUAAUAAACGUUUCUUGAUGAAUCACCUUAUAUAGUAAACUGUUAGAAAAAUGUCGUCACGUUUAAAAAUAAAUUAUUUUACUAUUAUGAAUUUAAUCAUCAAAUAUAGGAUGACACUUGAAAUGUUUAUACCACGUAAUUGAUUUAUAUCAGUCGCAAAGCCAGUUCAAAUAAUUCAAUAAAUUCAUCUGGAUUUCAAUGUGUUGUAUUGAAAUCGAAAAUAAUAGUAGAAGUAACCAAUUUCCUUCUAAAUAUUGUUUAUAUUUGAAAAAUAAUAAUGUAUUGCGAAAAUGUAUAUAUUGUUGCAACAUGGGUUAGUCCAUUUUAAGAUCAAGGUCAUCAAUAGGCUUGAACCGAGUAUGUACUGUUUCAUCCUAAUAUUUAUAUGUAUAAAUUUAAUUAAAUAAUAUUUAUUAUGAAGUUUUUAUGGUUUAUAUUUUGAAUUUUCUCUAAAAAAUACUUCGAUAAUGCACCCCGUAUCUCAAGCUAAAAUAAUUUGUUUAUAAAUUAUGUAAUUUUUGUAUUAUAAUUUACACUGUUGCAACACUUGAUAAGUGAAAUUUAUUCAAUUUUAUACUCAUAAUGCAUGUAACUAGUCAUUUUAAAUAACCUUAUUAGAACCUCCUACAUAUAUAAAUAAAUGAUGUAAUUUACGGUUUAUACUAAAAUUGAAUAAACGUUUCAUUUGCUA